AUGGCUGCUCUUAAUCGGUUUUUAUCUCGGUCAACCGAAAAAAGACUACCGUUUUUCAAAAUUCUCCGUCAAGGGAAGCACUUCCGUUGGUCCGAUGAAUUUCAGCAAGCAUUUGAAGAUUUGAAGAAAUAUUUGAGUUCACCACCCUUACUGAUUAAGCCAGAGACGGGAGAUAUAUUGUCCAUUUAUCUGGCUGUAGCGCCAGAAGCAGGAGAUAAAAUUGAAUAUGCGAUCAAGCUCGAUUUUCACGCUUCAAAUAACGAGGCGGAAUACGAAGCUUUUAUAGCAGGGAUCCGUUUAUCCCUAGCUGUUGGAGCCCGAAAGCUAGUUAUACAUAGUGAUUCGCAACUUGUAGUGAAUCAAGUCUCGGGAGUUUAUGAUGCAAAACAAGAAAAGAUGGCGCAAUACCUUGCUAUAGUCAAAAAGUUACUAACGCGGCUUGAAGAUUUUGAAGUCAAGCGAAUUCCGCGAACCGCCAAUGAAGGAGCUGACAGUUUAUCUAAACUGGCCAGUUCAAUGUCUAAUAUUAAUAGCCGGCGGAUUACUUUUUCAGUUUUUACCAGGUCGGAAAUUGACACUUUAGAUGUAGUGAUGUGCAAUGAGGCUGCUGAACCAACAUGGAUAGAUGAGUUGGUGCGAUACCUAACACUAGGUGAACUCCCAUCCGACCAGUCUCAAGCACGUAAAAUAUGCACUCGAGCCGCUCAUUUCACUAUGGUGGAUGAUGAGUUAUAUAAAAGAGGUUUCACUCAACCAUUUCUGAAGUGUUUGACGCCACAAGCAGCGGACUACGUACUUCGAGAAAUUCAUGAAUGUAUUUGCAGUAAUCAGCUCGGAGGAAAAACGUUGGCAGGAAAGGCACUUCGUCAAGGAUUCGGUGUACCACGUGCAUUAAUAUCAGAUAGCGGAACGCAGUUCGCCGGUUCAAAGUUGAAAGAUUGGUGUGAAGGCUUGCACAUCAAGCAUUUUUUUACCUCAGUAUACAAUCCACAGGCUAAUGGACAAACAGAGGUGACCAAUCGUACUAUACUGCAACAUUUGAAGACUCGACUUGGAAACGCAAAAGGGAGGUGGGUAGAAGAACUUCAUAAUGUGCUUUGGGCAUACCGUACCUCUCCCAGAUCUGCAACUGGUAAGUCACAUUUUUCUUUAGCGUAUGGAACCGAGGCAUUCGUCCCAGUCGAGAUUGGAGAACCUUCUUGGAGAGCAAGAUACUAUGAAGUGCAUAAUAACGACGUGGCUAUGAGAAUCAAUUUAGACCUUCUUGGUGAUUUAAGAGACGGUGCAACAGCUCGAAUUCAGAAUUAUAAGAUUCGCAUGGCUCGUGCUUACAACUCCAGGGUACGAUCACGUACGUUUCAAGUUGGCGACUUAGUAGUGCGCAGAGCUGAUCUUUCAAGGCCUAUUGGCAAGUUAGAUGCAAAAUGGGAAUGGCCCUACAAAAUCGUGGAAAUAGCCAAUCCUAGUGCAUAUCGUCUACAACAUCUUGACGGACGGACGAUUCCUCGCACUUGGAACAUUAUCAAUUUGAAGCGUUUCUUUCCAUAG